AUGGGUCAUCUGGUUACAUUAGCGACAUGCAAUCUAAAUCAAUGGGCCUUGGAUUGGGAAGGCAACCGUGAUCGGAUCAUUGAAAGUAUUCGACAAGCCAAGGCUGCUGGCGCCACCCUGCGCGUUGGUCCCGAGCUUGAGAUCACUGGAUAUGGCUGUCUUGACGCGUUCAUGGAGGGCGAUACCUUUCUCCAUUCGUGGGAGAUGCUUGCCCAGAUCAUCGAUCACGAAGAUUGCCAGGAUAUCGUAGUAGACGUCGGCAUGCCGGUCAGACAUAGAAAUGUUCGAUACAAUUGCCGAAUCAUUUUCUACAAUCGCAAGAUUGUCCUCAUUCGCCCGAAAAUGUGGCUGGCCAAUGACGGCAACUACCGUGAACAUCGCCACUUUACACCCUGGCAGCGCCCCCAAGAGACCGAAGAUUACUAUUUGGAACAAAUUGUCGGCAAGAUCACGGGGCAGUACAAGGUCCCCUUCGGUGACGCUGUUAUUAGCACGCGGGACACAUGUCUGGGUUUGGAGACUUGCGAAGAACUUUUCACACCCAACGGACCCCAUAUUCCCUAUGGCUUGGCAGGCGUGGAGAUCAUAUCCAACUCUUCAGGGAGCCACCAUGAGCUUCGAAAGCUGGAUACGCGGCUCAACCUCAUUACCCAGGCUACAAAAUUGAGCGGUGGUAUCUACCUCUACGCCAAUCAGCAAGGCUGUGAUGGAGAUAGACUCUACUAUGACGGCUGUGCUAUGAUCGUCAUCAACGGUGAAAUCGUAGCCCAGGGAUCUCAAUUCUCUUUGAACGAUGUGGAGGUUGUUACGGCCACAGUCGACAUUGAAGAGGUUCGCACCUACCGAUCAAGCGCCAGCCGCAGCAUGCAGGCGAGCAAGCAAUCACCAUAUCAGCGAAUCGAUCUCGAUGUCAGGCUAUCUCGCCGUGCCGAGGAGGCCGAUCCUGGCCUCGUAUUUUCUGAACCGCGCAAGCCCCGUAUCCAUGAUCCUGAAGAGGAAAUCGCUCUCGGGCCAGCAUGCUGGCUCUGGGACUAUCUUCGACGAUGUGGCGUGGCAGGAUUCUUCCUUGCCCUGAGUGGUGGCAUUGAUAGCUGUUCUUCCGCACUCAUCGUCCAUUCAAUGUGUCGACAAGUACUCAAAGCUGUCAAGGAAGGUAAUGAACAAGUCAUCAAAGAUGUUCGCCGUCUGUGUGCGAAACCCGCCGAUUCAGAUUGGCUCCCUUCAUCGAGCCAGGAAAUUUGCAUGUGCAUCUUCCACACGGCAUACAUGGGUACCCAGAACUCGAGCAACGAGACUCGAGACCGGGCAAAGAGACUUGCUCAAGAAAUUGGCGCCUAUCACCUUGAUUUCAACUUUGACACUGUCAUCACUGCUAUUAUGAAUGUCUUUACAUCCGUGACGAGUUUCCAGCCUCGCUUCAAGUUCCACGGUGGCGCGCCGGCGGAGAACCUGGCUUUGCAGAACGUCCAAGCUCGUAUGAGAAUGGUCCUCUCGUACCUUUUUGCUUCCUUGCUCCCGACUGUGCGGCAACGUCCUGGUGGAGGUGGACUUCUGGUUCUCGCUUCGUCAAACGUCGAUGUGUCUCUAGAAUGCUUGAGAGGUUAUCUCACCAAAUAUGACGCUUCCUCCGCCGAUUUGAAUCCCAUCGGCAGUCUCAACAAGGUUGACUUGAAACGCUUUAUCGCAUGGGGAGUCCGUGAAUUCGAUAUGCCCAUUCUCACAGAAUUCUUGGAGGCAACACCAACUGCUGAAUUGGAGCCCCUAGCGGCUGCCCAAUCUGACGAGGUUGACAUGGGCGUCAAAUAUUCUGAAUUGGGCACUUUUGGAUACCUUCGCAAGGUGGCAAAGCUUGGUCCCUGGUCUAUGUAUGAGAAGCUGCUCCACGUUUGGGGUAAUGAGCUCAGUCCGCGUGAGAUCUAUGAGAAGGUCCGACACUUUACCUUCUACUACGGUGCGCCUCACAGUCCAACUCUUUUCCCACGAGAGAAACAUUCACUGACUUUUUUUGGUGUCAUCGUAGCAAUCAAUCGUCAUAAGAUGACGACUAUCACGCCAGCAUACCACGCUCUGGAUUACUCUCCUGAGGAUAACAGACAUGAUCUACGACAAUUCCUGUAUCCUCCAUUUUCAUGGGCAUACAAGAAGAUGCUUGCAAAUGUCGAAUUCUGGGAAGCAAAGGGCUGGAACACUGGGAAGGGACAGAAGAAGAGUGUCAAGGCAGACUGA